GAUCAGCCUGUCUCUAGUUUGACCUGGUGUGUGAUCGAAAGAACCUGAAGAAGACCUCCCAGUCGGUGUUCAUGGCUGGUCUCCUUGUUGGGGCCCUGGUCUUUGGGCCUGUCUGUGACUGGAUUGGCCGCAGACCCUCCCUCCUGAUGCAGGUGCUUCUGUCAGGCAUCACAAGCAUGGCCACAGCCUUCGUGUCCAGCUUUGAGCUCUACUUGGCCCUACGCUUUGUCUUGGCUACUGCCAAUGCUGGAUUUUUACUAAGUACCAAUGUCCUGAUUUCAGAGUGGGUGGGGCCAUCUUGGAGAACACAAGCCGUGGUCUUGGCCCAGAGCAACGUUGCCCUUGGGCAGAUGGUGUUAGCAGGACUGGCCUAUGGUGUCCGAAACUGGAGACUCCUUCAGAUAACAGGCACCGCACCCGUCUUACUGCUCUUCUUCUAUUUCUGGGUUCUGCCAGAAUCUCCACGGUGGCUUCUGUCCCAAGGAAGGACAGAAGAGGCCAAACAACUGGUCCAGAAGGCAGCCUUGGUGAACGGCCGGCCACUUUCCCCGGAGCUCCUGAACCAGCUGGUCCCUGAGAAGACAGGCCCCUCGGGGAACGCCUUGGACCUUUUCAGACACCCUCACCUCAGGAAGGUGACUCUGAUUCUCAUAGCUGUCUGGUUUGUGGACAGUCUGGUGUACUACAGCCUCAGCUUCCAAGUGGGGGACUUUGGCCUGGAUAUCUAUGUGACACAGCUGAUAUUUGGAGCAGUGGAAAUGCCUGGCCGCUUCCUCAGUGUCCUCAUGAUGGAGAAGCUGGGUCGCAAGUGGAGCCAGCUGUGUACUCUGACUCUGGCUGGCAUCAUGUACAUCAUUAUCAUCUUCAUCCCAGGAGAUCUUCCCACGGUGGUCACUGUGCUGGCUGUGGUGGGGAAGUUUGCCUCGGCUGCGGCCUUCACCAUCUCCUAUGUGUACACUGCUGAGCUCUUCCCCACCAUCAUCAGGCAAACAGGCAUGGGGUUGGUGAGCAUCUUCUCCAGGGUCGGUGGCAUCAUCACACCCCUUGUGAUGCUGCUGGAACAGUACCACCAGGCGAUUCCCAUGGUCAUCUUUGGCAGCCUCCCCAUUGGAGCAGGCCUACUGUGCGCUCUGCUUCCUGAGACCCGGGGCCAGACCCUGAAGGACACCCUCCAGGACCUGGAGCAGGGGCUCCCUGCAGGGUCCCACAAAACAGCACCCCAAAGACAAGACAUGGAGGCUUUGGGAAGAACUUCCAGUGUGAGGGUGGCUGUUGUGAAGAGCUCGUACUUCUGACUGUGGCUGCUGAGGGCCAGCCUAUCAAGAGCAGAGGACAGCGCACAUGGCAUCUGUAGCACACAGGAUCAGAUCAGCCGUGUUCAUGCUCCCUACUCCCUUUUGCAGAGCCCAGAGGGAGUAUCAGGGACAGUACCCUUCCCUCUUCCACACUUCUCAUACACAAACUGCACCCCAGUACCACGGCUGAGUCAGGGUCGCUCUCAGUCUUCUCCGACAGUCUCUCUGGGGUUGUGGCCUCACCAGUCUCCCUGUCUGGGAUACCCCAUCCUCAUAAAGAUAAAAAAAAAUAAAACAAAACAAAAAACAAAAAAACAAAAAAACAAACAAACAAAAAAAACCCCACAACAGCCUGUUCCCAAGCAAAACCAGCUCCAACUCCAGAGCAGGGCAACCACCAGGGCAACUGUGGCAGCAGGCCAAGAAAGAAGAACAUUAUGCCCUAUGUCCUUUGAAGAGCCUUCCUGCCCGACCUGUGGCCAGUGUGUGCCUCACCUGUGUGAGGCUGGCGAUGGGAGGAGACUGGUCAGCUCUGCCUCCACCCACUGUGCCCAGCCUCCCUGGUGCUUGGGAAGAGAGCAGGGUUCCUUACAUUCAGCUGCUGUCCCUUGCUCUUUCCCAGGGUGCCCCGGCUCAUCAGCAAUUCUGCCUCUGAUGGCUGCUAAGAGCUGGCUCUGCUACACUCACUCGUUCAUGGGCUGUUUGGAGGUUCUCCGUGCAUUCUGUUAAUCAGGUUAUUUUAGUGGUAAGACUUCUGGGAGCCCAGAGGAGAUGCCACCCUGGCCUGAUCUCCACUCAUGGUAGAUCCAAUAGAAGGGAAUUUUCCUGGGGACUUGGUGGCUAGCGUAGGCCAGUCCACACCUGUCCCCUAGAGGGCGCUGUUGAACGGAGACUCGCCAGUACACAGAGACCUGCCUGCUGUUCAGUGCUGUGGUUGUCUUUGCUUUGUCAGAGCUCAAGCACUGGGGGGCAGAGAUCCUCCAGAUCUGGGCCCCAGUCUUCCCAUUUUACAGUGGGUGGCUUUGCCCAGCAUGACGGAGGCCCUCCCUGGACGUAAUCCUCAAUGUUCUCACUACCCCACACACUUGCACAGAAUGGAUGAUUUAUUUCAUAGGUUACAUUAUAACCUCAAACUCUGCCUAGGCAGGAAAAGCAAAGAGGUAUGGCAGUCUGCUCUCCUCGGGUGACUUCUGAGCUUAAGACCACCAUACUCUGCAUAUCUUGAAUUUUUGACUUUUAUGUCCAAGCCCUAAGAUGUUCCCAUAUGCUGGGCGUGGUGGCGUGCGCCUUUAAUCCCAGCACUUGGGAGGCAGAUUUCUGAGUUCGAGGCCAGCCUGGUCUACAAAGUGAGUUCCAGGACAGCCAGGGCUACACAGAGAAACCCUGUCUCGAAAAACCAAAAAAAAAAAAAAAAAAAAAAGAUGUUCCCAUUCUCCUUAUCGUGACUUUGACACACUCCCGGGGGCCUGUUCCCUCUCAUCCAGUUCCUCUCCCAGGUGUAAACCUGUGUCCUUGGAGCUGUUGACCAAAGCCAGUGGACACCCCAUGUUCUCAGCCCUUUUUGGAAGAAUUCUGCCCUCUGCCUCUGCACACAGUUGUGAAAGUUCUUCACAGCUGGGUGAAGGGCCCUCUGCUCCUCAGUGCUGCUUCUUGGCUAUCAUGUCCCUUCAUCUGUCAAAAUCUGUGGUAAUAUCUCUCUCUCUCCCUCCCCCUCCCCCUCCCCCUUCCC